AUGAUUUAAGAAGCAUAAUAUGAUCAUUUAGAUCCUUAAAAUAAGCAAAAUAAUGAAGGAGAGGCUGAUUAGCAAUAUGAAGAAUCAUAUGCUUCAAUAAAUUUAGAGAGUUAUCAAUCAUACUUUGACAAAAUUAACUAAGCAUUAGAACAAAGUAGCUAACUUACAAAUUAAAUGUUUUCUGAUUAAAAAUUUCAAGAAAGUGAUGUUACAUACGAAGAAAUUUAUAAUAAAUAAAAUAUGGAAGAUAAAGGAAUAGAUGAAAUUUCCAAAAAACUUUUGGAAUAUUAAUUGUUCUAUGGGAUAUAGAGCCCUGAUAUUCAAUAGAUUUAACAAUAAACUACUAUUAAUGAAUAAAAUAUGAGUGAUUAAAAUACAUUUUAAUAGAAUAGAUUUGAAUAACUUAGUCAAGAAAUAGCAAACCGAAUUUAAGAAAGAGCAUUUGUGACUACAGAUUAAAGCAACUAGUUUAAUUUGCACACAAUUGAAGAAGAGGAUAUUAAUGAAGAAGAUUUAAGCAUAGACAAAAAGCAUAAAAUAAAAAAAAUUGAAGUUAAUAAUUAGCAACAGUUAACUGAAAGCAUUACAGAGGAGCAUUAGAAUUCUAAUUAAUAAGAUUAAAACUCUCUGGUGUAAAAUACAUCAGAUUAAAUAAACUAAGAAAGUAGUUAGUAAGAGGAGGAUGACGAGAGACACAAUCCACCUAUUCCUAUUCCUUAAGAAGAAGGACAUAAGCCUAUGAUUAUUGUUAAAGGAAAUAAAUACCUCAUAUAAAAUUACAACAGUAAUCAUGUUUAACAUGAAGAAUAACCUCGAUUUUACAGUUAAAGUAAUAAGCAGGAAAUUGUGUUUAAUCUGAGAUAACGAGAAAAUGAAGAAGAAGAAGGAGAGGAAGAGCUUAAUUAAUUUUAAAAUUUAGAAUAAUAAAUUAACAAUUAGUAAUUGUAUGGAAAUUAAAAAGAAGAAGAAUAUGAAUAGGAUUUAAAUUAUCAUCAAUAAUUAUAGGAUCAUGAGCAAGAAGAUUUUGUUAAUAGAGACAGCUAGUAGGAUGAUAAUGAAAAUUUGUAAUGCGAUGAAUCAUAAGAGCUAGAAAAUGAAUAGCAAUAUUAAUUACAAAAAUAAGCUAUCGAGGCAUUUGUUUAGAAAUAGAAUUAAUAAUAACAAGCAUACAAAGAAAGCUUGAAUAAAUAAUUAAUAGCUCAUGCUGAAUAAUAAAGUGGGAUGCUUUAACACAUUUAAGAAUAGGGUUAAGAAAAUCAACAAAGUAAAAUUGAAUAUUAAUAUGAUAAUAAACUAACUAUGGAAGAGUUAUCUGGAAAAAGUUACUAGAGUUAUAGAUAGAUUAAAAAUUAGAAGGCUUUAAAUCAUCCCAAUUCAGAUAGAACAAUCACAAAAUAAAACAAGGUUAGGCCACAAUCUCCAAAAAACGAAGAAAAGCUUGAAAGGUUAAACAAGCAAUAAAACCUAGCUAAUCAAUAAAAAUAAGUUAAUAAAAACCAUUUUCUUUCCCCAAACAGUUAUUCAAAUUACUAAAAAAUAGACAGGUUUAACUAACAAGAAUAACUUAGUCAUUAUCAAAAAAAUAAAAGCCCAAUUUCAGUUUCUAAAAAUAAUAAAAAAAUAAAUAAUUAAUUCACUAGUUAACAAAAAAAUGAGAUAUCUUCUUCACCAUUAGCUAGCCAAAAUUUAAGUAAAAAGAAUGUCUAAUAAAAUGAAGUAGAAUCAAAUCAAAAUUGUCAUAAUGGGAAUCAUAUUUAUGAAUAUAAUUAUGAGUAAAAUAUAUAACAGGAAUAAGAUUAGCAAUUUAAUCCUAAUAGUUACUUAAGCUCUUAUUCAUAAAAUUAAGCUUAAAAUCUUUAUGAUUAUCAAAAAAGUUAGUCUAAUCAAAUUAAUCAUAACCAAAAUUAUACGAAUGGCUAAGAAAAUGAGUAUUACUAUGAAUAAAAGCUAUAAAACAACAACAACAACAAAUUCUAAACUCUUUAAAAAUUACAGCAAGAAAAGCUAAGGUUAGAAAAGAUUAAAUAUAAAAAAUUGGUUUAAGAGCAGUAAGAAGAGAGAGAAAAAAAAUACAUUCGACAAAAUAAACUCAUAAAUAAAGAAUAUUCUUACAAUAAUUCAUCUAAUCAAAUUACUUCUAUAAGCAAUUAAAAUGAAUAUUUCCCUACUAAAAUGAAAACAUAGUAGGAGUACUCUACUCUGAAUGGCAAUAAAUAUUAUUAAAAGAAUAUGUUAACUGAGCAUUAAAAUAAUUCUGCCUACCUAGAGUAAUAAAGUAAUUACACAUAUUUAAAUUCCUUCAAAAUGAAGAAAAAGUAAAUGAGUUUAUCUAAUUUGAGUAACUAAAGUGAAACUUAAACACAAAAUAUGUACUAAAUGCAAUAAUUGGCUGCUUAAAGUUCUAACAAAAAUUUAAGUAAAAUUGCGUCUCCUUCUGGAAGAAGAUCUGAUAUAAUAAAAUCACCUUAGAAUAACUAUAACAAAGAUCUUUUUAUUUAACAAAACUAGCAAAAAAAUUCGACAAAAAACUAGUAAAAUAGUAUUAGAAAUGAAUAAAAUGUUGUUAAUAUAGAAGUUAUGAAAAAAAUUGCUUAAGAUAUCGAAAGACAACAAGCCCUUAAGUAAAAGAGAGGAUAAAUAGAUUAAAAUAUGCAGAGAGAAACUAGAGUUCUAAUUAAAAAUGGUUUAGUAGCAGAUGCAAUUAACGAAAUAGUAUUAAAAACAGAAAAGAAAUCUAGAUCUACUUCGAGAACUCCUUCGAAGAAUAAAAAGAGUGCCCCAACUUCAAAAAUAAUAAGCUAAAAAGCAAAAGAAUAAUAAAUGCUUAGGUUUUAGCAUGCAGUUGUUGAAAGCACAGAUAAUCUUAAACCUAAAAAAUCCAUUUAAUAAACAAAGAAUAUAAACAAUAAUUAUUUUGCAAAUUACUUCAACGAGUCUCCAAUAAAAAAGAAAUCCACUCCUCAAAAACAAUCUGCUAAAGAUACAACAGGUGAUAGAGGAAUUUUGAUGAUUUUGGAAAACUUUUCUAAAAAAAAUUAAGUAAAUGCUAAGGAUCUCAAAUUAAAUACUAGUAAUCAAAGUAUAACUUCUAGAAACUAAUUAACAAAUAAAAAUUCAUCAAAUAAUAGCAACAAUAGUAUGCAAUUAAAGACUUUAUUAUUGUGA